AUGGUUUCUUGGAAAGAAUUGAGAGAGCUUAUAGUGCUCUACUACGACAUGAAAGUCCUCAAUGACGCCGAAUUUCUCUUACUAUACGACCUUUACAGCCCACAAAACCUGGACUUGCCGUGUGACUUGUAUCCACAUUUCGACCUCCAAAACCUUACCGAAGAUGAAUGUGUGGCCGAAUUUCGGUUCAGGAAAACUGAUAUCCCAAGGCUUUCUCAAGCUUUGCGGAUUCCUGAUGUUAUAAUUUGUCACCAAGGAACAAUUUGUGAAGGAACUGAAGGACUAUGUAUGCUUUUGAAGCGGUUGUGCUACCCUUGCCGAUACAGCGAUAUGGUCCACUUGUUCGCUAGGCCGGUUCCUGUAUUGUGUAUGAUUACAAAUCAAGUUUUGGAUUAUAUCUAUCAAGCUCACAGCCAUCGCAUUCUGCAGUGGAAUCAUCAGCAACUAAGCCAAGCCAAUCUUGAGAGAUUUGCCGAAGUUGUUCACCGAAAAGGAGCCCCACUUAAUAACUGUUUUGCUUUUGUUGAUGGGACAGUUCGCCCUAUUUGUAGGCCCGGCACUGUCAACCAGAGGUUGCUUUACAAUGGACACAAACGUAUCCAUGGAAUCAAGUUUCAGUCUGUUGUUACCCCAGAUGGAAUGAUUGCAAAUAUGUAUGGCCCUGUUGGUAAGUUGUUUUUUUUUUAGAAAAUGGAAUCUGGGGUUUAUAGGGUGAGGAGGCAACUGUUUAAGUGUAUUUUUUUUUCUUUUGAUCUUGAGAAAUCGCUUGAAAUGAAGCUUCUUGGAAACACACAACUCCUUUUUAUGAGAAAUUAAAAAAAAGAAACUCUUACAAAUUAAAACACUUCACUUUCAUUACCUCAUAGCCAAGCUGACUAUGUUGUAAUAAAUAUAUCAAUGAACAAAUAAAUAGUUUCAUUUUUCCUGAAUUGUUAUAGUUACAAGAAAAAUGAAUGAAAUAUCCCUGUGAGACCCUUGAUGCUUCAACGUUCUUUUAACAAAAUGUUAUGACUUUUUCACUUAUCUGACUGAACUUUAACACUCCUCCUGUCCAUGAAUUUUGUUGCAGAAGGAAGAAAGCAUGAUGCAGGUAUACUUGCUGAGUCUCACCUUUUGGAUGAUCUCCGCCAGUAUGCCUUCAGCCUGGCUGGACAACCACUUUGUAUUUACGGGGAUCCUGCUUACCCCAUCCGUGUACACCUUCAAUGUCCAUUUAGAAAUGGGGUUUUAACCCCACAGAUGGAAGCUUACAAUACUGCUAUGAGCUCAGUGAGAACAAGUGUGGAGUGGCUCUUCGGAGACAUAAUCAAUUACUUCAAGUUUCUGGACUUUAAAAAGAACUUAAAGUUGGGACUGAGUAGUGUGGGGAAAAUGUACAUCGUCAGUGCUAUCCUUAGAAAUGGGCUAACAUGUCUAUAG